GUGACCUUCCUAAAGUUGACUUUUGUGAUAUUUUCCUGUUGUGAUAUUUCUAUCGGGGGUUUACUCACGUAAGUGUCGAAUAGCCGAGGAUUAAAGUUUAUCCGACAUAAGCACUGCAGUCUGGUGCGCGGAAUCCGUCACUACUGUCGAACAACAGUUGAAAAGAUUUUUUCGGCGAGAGAGAACGAGAGUCGCGUGAUACGUGACCGCGAUAUUAAGGUUAAUCCUGGCCCGUCUGUCCAAGUCCCACCAUAAACUCGGCACGCUCGUCGCGAUUAGUAAUUGAAGUGCUUUCAUCAUUGUUCGCGCGUAUAUCGAGAAGCAAGUUAAAUAGAGAAAGAGGAAAGGAGAAAAGACAGAGAGAAUCAAAGAAAUGAGCGGGAAAGAGAAACAGGGAUGCCAAUCGCGGCACAGUCGAAGAAAACAAAGAUGGAAAAUGAAAGAAUAGGUUAAUACGUUGAUUGUCGCACGAAUUUCCUAUAUCUUGACCUAGGAAACACAACAGAUCGAAAUAUACUAUGGCAUAAUAUUUAAUUUUUGUAAAAUUAAAUUGUUAAUUAUUGUAUUUGCACACAUUUUUUCUAACAAUAUUAUUUACAGACUGCGGAUUUUUAUUGCGAAUUCGUAUUUUUGUAAAUUUAAUUAAACAAAUGAAAUCUAAGUAGAAAUUUAUUUCAUCCAUUGAAUAUUAUAACAAAUUUUCUAUAUAAAAGGACAAAAAAUUCACAACCUAGUUACUUUAAUCAUUCACGUUAUUAACAGUUUGUUAGUUUAUGAAAUUUAUCUUAUUUUAAUUGCUCUAAGAAAUUUGGUAAUGUAGGUGACUCAUGACCAGCGUGGUAGUCAACGUGUUAAGAAGAAAAUAGACGGAAAAUUGUAAAAUUUGAAAGUUUAGGAAAGGACAGGAAAUCAAAGAAUAGAAUUGGUGUGUUUUUAUGGGAAAAAAAGGAUAAAAGAAAGUGUAUAAAGGAUAAAGAACAUGACAAUAUGAAAAUGAAAGGACAAAGAAAAUGACAAUAUCGAAUGUAUCUUUCGAGUUAUCGAUAUCAAUAUCAGGACGUGUCAAUCGACACGAUUAAAAAAUUCAAUUAAAUGGUAGGCGAUCAAAUAGCUACGUGGAGAUAUUAGAUUUCAGUAUUUGCAAAAAGAUCUAUUGUCGAUGUUCUUUACUUUUGAAAUGACAAAUGACCUAAUGCGAUCAAAUCCUGUGGGUGAUAUAAAAGAGCUUGAUAAAAGUUGAGAGAGCAGUGAUCAGGCUCACGGCUUCUAAUACAGGUGGCUUUUUGGACAGCACUAUCGUUGAAGCUAGACAAAUUGAAGAUUUUACCAUUAUGCAUCGAUUAGGUUAUAUUACCAUGUUUGCAGCUGUAGGAGUGUUAGGGAUGGAUUCUUACGAUCUCUACAAGAAGUGCAACAGAAGUUUUCAGGAAUUAAAGAAACUGGAUGUCACACAGUAUCAUGAUCCUAGAUAUCAUCCUCCCCUGGGGCGGGACCUCUUCUAUCUACCUGAAGAAGAAUAUAUCGAAAAGCUUGAGAACGGGCAGCAACGACCCCUUAAUAGGGACAAUAGAAAUUCAUUGCCUGACUAUCAUAGUCUAUGUGAAACUGUAACGGAAACAGUGCGGCUAGAUGAUUCUGAAUACGAGUACCAACCGCCUCUUUAUCACGAAGUUUACUGUAAAAGUCACAAUUUGCUAGAUAGCUUGCAACGCGCCACGAAUCCAUCGAAGCAGAAAUGCGUGCAUAAUGGCUUUCAUUGCGUGCAAAGAAGUAAAAGCUUGUUAUUGGUAAGGCGGCGAUGGGAGAACGAAUGUUGGGAACCUUUCGUCAAGCAGAUUGCCAGUGGUUGUGAUUGCAUGUGGCCAAAAUCUGUCCUAGGAGAUAUAACUAAUCAUUACUAGUCUGCAAUAGUCUAUGUGUAGUCCAUAGGUGAAGCAGGAAGGUUAACGAUCAAGGAAUGGAAAGAUAAAUUCAUUUGGCAUCACAUUUCAAUCCACUGAUCACUUUGCAGUGGUGCAGAAGAUAGAAUCAUUAUGUAUAUUAUGAAUUAUAUCUAAAUUUGUGAUCUAUAUUAUUUGUUAGUUAAAGUUAUUUAUUUCAUUGUUUUCUUUUUAUGUAGCUAUAAGUGCUUAACAAAAUAAAAACGAUUUUUUUGUUCUUUUA